AUGUACGCGGUGUACAAACAGGCGCACCCUCCCACCGGCCUGGAGUUCUCCAUGUACUGCAACUUCUUCAGCAACAGCGAGCGCAACCUCGUGGUGGCCGGCACUUCGCAGCUCUACGUGUACCGGCUCAACCGCGACGCCGAGGCGCUGACCAAGAGUGACCGAGGCACGGAGGGGAGGGCCCACCGGGAGCAUCGAGAGCGGCUGGAGUUGGUGGCCUCCUUCUCCUUCUUUGGGAAUGUCAUGUCUAUGGCUAGUGUGCAGCUGGCAGGUGCCAAGAGGGAUGCCCUCCUUCUGAGCUUCCAGGAUGCCAAGCUCUCGGUGGUGGAGUAUGACCCCGGUACCCAUGACCUGAAGACGCUGUCCUUGCACUACUUUGAGGAAGCAGAGCUACGGGAUGGGUUUGUGCAGAAUGUGCACACGCCGAGGGUGCGAGUGGACCCUGAUGGGCGCUGUGCGGUCAUGCUCACAUAUGGCACGAGGCUGGUGGUGCUGCCCUUUCGCAGAGAGAGCCUCGCCGAGGAGCACGAGGGACUAGUAGGCGAGGGGCAGAGGUCCAGCUUCCUGCCCAGCUACAUCAUUGAUGUCCGAGCCCUGGACGAGAAGCUGCUCAACAUCAUUGACCUGCAGUUCCUGCAUGGCUACUAUGAGCCCACCCUGCUCAUCCUCUUUGAGCCCAAUCAGACCUGGCCUGGGAGGGUGGCAGUGAGGCAGGACACGUGCUCCAUCGUGGCUAUCUCACUGAACAUCACCCAGAAGGUCCACCCCGUCAUCUGGUCACUCAACAACCUGCCCUUCGACUGCACCCAGGCCUUGGCAGUACCCAAGCCCAUAGGUGGGGUCGUGGUAUUUGCGGUCAACUCUCUGCUCUACCUGAACCAGAGUGUCCCUCCCUAUGGGGUGGCCCUCAACAGCCUCACCUCGGGCACCACUGCCUUCCCACUGCGGGUCCAGGAGGGUCUGCGAAUUACCCUAGACUGCGCCCAGGCAGCCUUCAUCUCCUACGACAAGAUGGUUAUCUCACUCAAGGGUGGGGAGAUCUACGUGCUGACCCUGAUCACUGAUGGCAUGCGCAGUGUCCGGGCCUUCCACUUUGACAAGGCAGCUGCCAGCGUCCUGACUACCAGUAUGGUCACUAUGGAGCCCGGGUAUUUGUUUCUGGGCUCACGUCUUGGAAACUCCCUGCUGCUCAAGUACACGGAGAAGCUGCAGGAACCCCCAGCCAGCACUGCCCGAGACCCUGUUGACAAGGAAGAGCCUCCCAUGAAGAAGAAGAGGGUGGACACUGCCUUGGGCUGGUCAGGUGAGGGGGGCAAGUCGGUGCCUCAGGACGAGGUGGAUGAGAUCGAGGUGUACGGGAGCGAGGCCCAGUCAGGCACACAGCUGGCCACCUAUUCCUUUGAGGUGUGUGACAGCAUUCUCAACAUUGGACCCUGUGCCAACGCCGCCAUGGGCGAGCCUGCCUUCCUUUCUGAAGAGUUCCAGAACAGUCCUGAGCCAGACCUGGAAAUUGUGGUGUGCUCUGGCUAUGGGAAGAAUGGAGCCCUGUCAGUGCUGCAGAAGAGCAUCCGACCCCAGGUGGUGACCACCUUUGAGCUGCCUGGCUGCUAUGACAUGUGGACGGUCAUUGCCCCUGUGCGUAAGGAGGAGGAUGAGGCUCCCAAAGGGGAAGGGGCAGAACAGGAGCUCAAUGCCCCCGACAUAGAAGAGGAGGGCAGGAGGCAUGGCUUUCUGAUUCUGAGCCGAGAGGACUCCACCAUGAUCCUGCAGACCGGGCAGGAGAUCAUGGAGCUGGACACCAGCGGCUUUGCCACACAGGGCCCCACAGUCUUUGCUGGCAACAUUGGGGACAACCGCUACAUUGUUCAAGUAUCACCGCUGGGCAUCCGGCUACUAGAAGGAGUGAACCAGCUGCACUUCAUCCCUGUGGACCUGGGCUCCCCGAUCGUGCAGUGUGCUGUGGCCGACCCCUACGUGGUCAUCAUGAGUGCGGAGGGCCAGGUCACCAUGUUCCUGCUCAAGAGUGACUCCUAUGGGGGCCGCCACCACCGCCUGGCACUGCACAAGCCCCCGCUCCACCACCAGUCCAAAGUGAUCACCCUCUGUGUAUAUCGGGACGUCAGUGGCAUGUUCACCACCGAGAGCCGGCUGGGAGGGGUCCGAGAUGAGCUGGCAGCCGGCAGUGGGCCAGAGACUGAAGGCCUGGGCUCAGAGACCAGCCCCACAGUGGACGACGAGGAGGAGAUGCUGUACGGGGACUCCAGCUCACUCUUCAGCCCCAGCAAGGAGGAGGCCCGCCGGAGCAGCCAGCCCCCUGCUGACCGCGAGCCCUUGCCCUUCCGCACUGAGCCCACCCACUGGUGUCUGCUGGUUCGGGAGAAUGGAGCCAUGGAGGUGUACCAGCUUCCCGACUGGCGGCUGGUGUUCUUGGUGAAGAACUUCCCUGUGGGGCAGCGUGUGCUGGUGGACAGCUCCUUCGGACAGCCUACCUCACAGGGCGAGGCCCGCAAAGAAGAGGCCACACGCCAGGGCGAGCUGCCUCUUGUCAGGGAGGUGCUGCUGGUAGCCCUGGGGAGUCGUCAGAGCCGGCCCUAUCUGCUGGUGCACGUGGACCAGGAGCUGCUCAUCUACGAGGCCUUCCCCCAUGACUCCCAGCUCGGCCAGGGCAACCUCAAAGUUCGCUUCAAGAAGGUGCCCCACAACAUCAACUUCCGGGAGAAGCGACCAAGGCCAUCCAAGAAGAAAGCAGAGGGCAGUGGUGCUGAGGAAGGGGCUGGGGCCCGAGCCCGUGUGGCACGCUUCCGUUACUUUGAAGAUAUUUAUGGCUACUCUGGGGUGUUCAUCUGCGGCCCUUCUCCGCAUUGGCUCCUGGUAACAGGCCGUGGGGCCCUGCGGCUGCACCCUAUGGGCAUCGAUGGCUCCAUCGAUUCCUUUGCCCCCUUCCACAAUGUCAACUGCCCUCGAGGUUUCCUGUACUUCAACAGGCAGGGCGAGCUGCGAAUCAGUGUCCUGCCUGCCUACCUGUCCUAUGACGCACCCUGGCCCGUCAGGAAGGUUCCACUUCGCUGCACAGCUCACUACGUGGCCUAUCAUGUGGAAUCCAAGGUGUAUGCUGUGGCCACCAGCACCAACACUAGCUGCACACGCAUCCCCCGCAUGACAGGAGAGGAGAAGGAGUUCGAAACCAUCGAGAGAGAUGACCGCUAUAUCCACCCCCAGCAGGAAGCAUUCUCCAUCCAGCUCAUCUCUCCAGUCAGCUGGGAGGCCAUUCCCAACGCCAGGAUCGAGCUGGAGGAGUGGGAGCAUGUGACAUGCAUGAAGACUGUGUCCUUGCGCAGUGAGGAGACCGUGUCUGGCCUCAAGGGCUACGUGGCUGCUGGCACCUGCCUCAUGCAGGGAGAGGAGGUCACCUGCCGAGGGCGGAUCCUGAUCAUGGACGUGAUCGAGGUUGUGCCUGAGCCCGGCCAGCCCCUGACCAAGAACAAGUUCAAAGUCCUGUAUGAAAAGGAGCAGAAGGGACCUGUGACUGCUCUCUGCCACUGCAAUGGCCACCUGGUGUCGGCCAUUGGCCAGAAGAUCUUCCUGUGGAGCCUACGGGCCAGCGAGCUGACAGGCAUGGCCUUCAUUGACACGCAGCUCUACAUCCACCAAAUGAUCAGCGUCAAGAACUUCAUCUUGGCUGCUGACGUCAUGAAGAGCAUCUCUUUGCUGCGCUACCAGGAGGAGAGCAAGACUCUAAGCCUCGUAUCUCGGGAUGCCAAGCCUCUUGAGGUGUACAGUGUGGACUUCAUGGUGGACAACGCUCAGCUGGGCUUCCUGGUGUCCGACCGAGACCGCAACCUCAUGGUGUACAUGUACUUGCCGGAAGCCAAGGAAAGUUUUGGGGGGAUGCGUCUGUUGCGUCGGGCAGACUUCCAUGUGGGCGCCCACGUGAACACCUUCUGGAGGACACCAUGCCGCGGUGCAGCGGAGGGGCCCAGCAAGAAAUCCGCCAUGUGGGAGAACAAACACAUCACAUGGUUUGCCACCCUGGACGGGGGCAUCGGGCUCCUGCUGCCCAUGCAGGAAAAGACGUACAGGCGGCUGCUGAUGCUGCAGAACGCACUAACCACCAUGCUGCCCCACCACGCCGGCCUCAACCCCCGUGCUUUCCGCAUGCUGCAUGUGGAUCGACGCAUCCUGCAAAAUGCUGUACGCAACGUUCUUGACGGAGAGCUGCUUAACCGCUACCUCUACCUCAGCACCAUGGAGCGUGGCGAGCUGGCCAAGAAGAUUGGCACCACCCCAGACAUCAUCCUGGAUGACUUGCUGGAGACAGACCGCGUCACGGCUCACUUCUAG